CUCACGUGCGGCUUCUCCGCCUCAGACAGCUGCCUUUGAAGACAACUGACAGAGGGAGCUAAGACGCUGAAGGCUCCUGACAACAGCCUUUGUUACUUGGUCCUCUACCGCACCGAUAAGGGCCACCACAGUCAAGCACCAGGUAACGGGGAACACAGAUAAAGGUAGGGGCAUGGCUUCCGCGGGUCUCCAGCUGCUGGCUUUCGCCCUGGCUCUGUCGGGGGUGUCCGGAGUGCUCACGGCCACCCUGCUGCCCAACUGGAAGGUGAGCGUGGAUUCGGGCUCCAACAUCAUCACAGCUGUCGAGCAGCUGCAAGGACUGUGGAUGGACUGCACAUGGUACAGCACCGGGAUGUUCAGCUGCGCCCUCAAGUACUCUAUUCUGUCCCUCCCCGUGCACGUGCAGGCCGCACGGGCCACCAUGGUCCUGGCCUGCGUCCUGUCCGCGCUGGGGAUUUGCGCUUCUGCGGUGGGGAUGAAAUGCACUCGCUUAGGGGGGGACGGAGACACAAAGAGCCAUGCUGCCUUUGCUGGAGGGGUCUGUUUUGUGUCUGCAGGGGUCUCUGGCUUAAUCCCCACAGUGUGGUACACAAAGGAGAUCAUCGCAAACUUCCUGGACCUGACAGUGCCAGAAAGCAACAAACAUGAACCCGGAGGAGCCGUCUACGUCGGAUUCAUUUCGGCCACGCUGCUGCUGAUCUCUGGCAUGAUUUUCUGCACUUCCUGCAUGAAACAGACUCCAGAGGCUUGGCUUCAUCCAGCCAAGCAGCGGCAUGAAUCCACCACACAGCCAGAGGGCACCUCGGCGUACCACCUCAAAGACUAUGUGUAAAUGACUGCGUAAUGCAUAUGGAAUUUUUAGGUGGCCGUUCUGGCUUCUGUCUUUUCAUUUUAGAGAAAAAAUAUA